UGUGUGUGUGUGUGUGUGUGUGUGUGUGUGUGUGUGUACAAAAACACUAACAAGUCACGCAUUCCUUUGCAAGAGAAAACAAACAUACAAGCAAACAAAAAACAAACAAGGAAAAUAAAAGUCAGAAGGAAAAAAAAACUGGAAUAAACAGAGGAAAAAAAAUAAAGAAAAAGAAAAAAAGAGAACAGCAGGAAAAAAAACUCAUCAUAAAAAAAAAUGUGAGAUUAAAAAGAAGAAAAACAAAAGAAAAAAUCAAAUGAACAAAAAAAAUACGAGACCUCAAAAAAUAAGUGAAAAUAAAUAAACAAACAAACAAACAAACAAACAAAAAGUAACGCAGAAACAAUAAAGAUUUAAAAAUAACCAAAAAAGUGAAAAAAAAAUAAAUAAAUAAACAAAAAAAAAUUACAACAAAAUAAAGAAAAAAAACGAAAAAAAAAAAAAACAAUAGCGGGUGUCGAACCAAGGGAAGCAGCGUCUCUCGGAACAGUCUCUCACCACAGAGCAACCCUUGGGAUGGAGCUGCUCUCUCAUAUAUACGGGUUACAAUACCGCUUGUGGAACUGGUGGCACGGGUCCGCGAUGGGGUUCAGCGCAGCCCUUCAGGGGGAGAUGGGCCACGCGGCAGUGCUGGGGCGGCAGGACGCUGAGCUGCGCCUGUUGGACACCAUGAGGCGGAUUCUGGUGGCGCGGGCGAAGUGUGACAGGGAGUACUCCGCGGCGCUCACUCAGCUGGCACGCACCGCUGACAAGAUGGACUCCCCCGACCCCCUGCUGGAUGACUCAAAGCUCCACAAGGCGUGGCGGGUGAUGGUUGACGGGCUGGAGGACUGGAGCAAUACCAUGCGGGAGAACGCGGACACCCUGGUGGCGGACACAGUGGAGAAGCUGGUGGCGCUCAUCACGGAGAAGAGGGCGUCCCGCAAGGUGUACUACGAGGAGCACCAGCGCAUCACCAAUGAAGUGUCCAGGUUGCAGGAGGCAGUGGGCAAGGCAAGGGCAUACUAUGAACAGACACUUGAGCUGUACAAGUCCUCCAAGACCAAGUACGAGGACCAGUUCCUGAAGGGUAAGCCGGGCAGAAGGCUUGACGAGCUGAAGGAGAGGUACCAGAAGGCGUGUCGGAAACUCCAUCAAAUGCACAAUGACUACGUGCUGCUUCUGUGUGAGGCUGCCGAUUAUGAGAGAGAUUUCCGCACUGUCCUGCUGCCCGGCCUGCUCGAGUACCAGGAACGGGUGCAGGAGGACAUGGUGGAUAAGUGGCGGUCCAUUCUCCUGGAAGUGUGGGAGCUGACAGACACCUCCAAGGGGCGCUACAGUGAGAUCCAGGCAGAGGUGGGCUCAGCGGUGAAUGCCAUUUCCUCCAGGACAGAGUACAGUGCCUUCUCAGAGGAAAACAAGAGUUCCCCACCAGAGCCUGUGACCUUUGAGUUCUGCAGCGACUUACUAGGGGACGGCGUGGGCUCCUUGCAACCAGGGCGGCUAGCAGUGGACUCCUUAACAGUGGACUCCCUUCGGUUACGCCUGACGGACAUUGAACACAGACUGAAGGAGGUGAUGGCAGAGUUGAGAGAGAAGCAGAAUCUAUUGAACCAGCAUGAGACAGAGGUGGCCACAAUCAGGAAGGGCAUGGGGGCAGGGGGUGUGGGCGGCAUGUUCCAGGAAUCGCCCCACUUGGCUUCCAGACUGCCUGUCCUGAAACGCGCCAGUGACGUGUUGCAUCGGGAGCUGAAUGAGUUACGCUGCAAGGAGUCUUGGCUCCAGCACCAGCACAGCCUGAUCCACGACCCCCUGGCAGCCCUGGGAUGUGAGGACCCCCCAAACCAGCCCUGGGAAACCACCCACGUCAACGGCGACUCGCACCAGCGGGACAGCCUAUCACUCAAGUCACGAUCCACGGCAAUCAAGGAACUUCUACGUAAACCCUUUAGCCGCGGGAAGACCAGUGACUCCCCCGCCUCCACCCCACCCACACCAAGCAGGGCAGGGACCGAGGAACCCGUGGGCCCCCCUACCACCUCCCCCGCAGACCAGCACUCCCUCAAUGACCUCGCUAUCACCCCCGAUGGUGCUACUACCCCAGUGGACCACCCCCAGGCCACCUCCCCCGGCUACCCCAAUGCUUCAGGGAUGCUGCUGUGUCCUGGGGGUCCUGGUGGUGCAAUUAAUGGGAUUCCAGAGUUGACCUAUGACCCUGACCGCUGCCUAGAGGACGAGCCCUGGUUCCAUGGGGUUCUGCCGAGGGAGGAGGUGGUGCGACUACUGGUGGAGGAGGGACACUACCUGGUGAGAGAGACCACCAGGAACGAUGAGCAGCAGAUUGUUCUUUCUGUCUGCUGGGGGUCACACAAACACUUCAUUGUUCAGACAACGCCAGAGGGACACUACAGGUUUGAGGGGCCAGCCUUCCCCACCAUACAGGAGCUGAUCCUGUACCAGCACCAGUGUGGCCUGCCUGUCACCAACAAGUCUGGGGCCAUCCUGCGCACUCCCAUCUUCAGGGAGCGCUGGGAACUCAACAAUGACGAUGUGGAGCUGAGGGAGAAGAUAGGCCGGGGUAACUUUGGCGACGUGUACAAGGCGCGUUUGAGGGACUCAGGGCUAGAGGUGGCCGUGAAGACCUGCCGCGUCACCCUCCCUGACGAGCAGAAGAAGAAGUUCCUGCAGGAGGGAAGGAUCCUGAAACAGUACGACCACCCCAACAUUGUCAGGUUCAUUGGGAUUUGUGUCCAGAAGCAGCCCAUUAUGAUUGUCAUGGAACUGGUGCCUGGAGGGUCUCUGCUGAGCUUCGUUCGCAACCACAAGGGGCAGCUGACAGUGAAGCAGAUGAUGGGCAUGUGCCUGGACACGGCCUCUGGCAUGGCCUACCUGGAGUCCAAGAACUGCAUCCACCGAGACCUAGCCGCGCGGAACUGUCUUGUGGGCCACAGGAACAGCGUCAAGAUCUCAGACUUCGGCAUGUCCCGGGAGGAGGAGGAGUACUACGUGAGUGACGGCAUGAAGCAGAUCCCCAUCAAGUGGACCGCCCCAGAGGCUCUCAACUUUGGUAAAUACACCUCGUUAUGUGAUGUGUGGAGCUACGGGGUGCUGUGCUGGGAAAUCUUCUCGUCAGGUGAGGUGCCCUACCACGGCUACUCCAACACCAAGGCCAGAGAAAUGAUUGACACAGGUUACAGAAUGCAGGCACCCAUUAACACCCCAGACACAAUGUACCAGCUGAUGUUGAAGUGCUGGCAGUACGACCCAGACAACAGGCCCCACUUCCCGGAGAUCUACAGCAGUGUUCACGACAUUUACUUGAGCCUAUAGUGGGUGAAGGGGUGGCUGAAGGAGGGAGGGGAAAGAGAAAGAAAGAGGGAAUGGAAAUAAACAAAUGGAGGGACUGAUUGCAAAGUGAAUGGAGGAGGAGGAGGAGAAGGAUACUUAAAGACUUCUACAGGAGUCUAGUGUGGCUGAAGAAGUGGCUGUAGGAGGGAAGUGAAGGGAGGAAAGAAAGGAAGAGAAAUAGAGAAUGAAGGAACUGAGAGAGAUUGCAAAGUGAAUAUAGGAGGAGGAGGAGAAGAGAAGAGGUAAGAAGGAUAGUGAAAGAAAGGAAUAUAUAUACCUGAAGAAGGCACUGUAGAAGAUAAAGAUGGAGAAAAGAAGAACAAGAAAAGAAGAAAAAUGAGAAAUAGAUGAUACUGAAGCAGAAAUAUUCUCUCUCUCUCUCUCUCUCUCUCUCUCUCUCUCUCUCUCUC